AUGCUCUCACACACGCUCGCCGCUGACGACCCGGACAAUCCCAUGAACUGGCCGGCGCAUCGACGGCUGUACGCUUCUGCCGUAUCUUGGGCGAUGGCAUUCGCAGUCGCGUUUGGCCUGACCAUAUACUCCUCCGCUAUCCCCCAAGUAAUGGAGGCCUUCAAUGUUUCCAUGACCAAAGCCAUCGCGGGCUUCUCGUUAUACCUCUUCGGCAUCUUCUUUGCGCCCAUCUACACACCGCAUCUCGCUGAGCGGCACGGGCGAUCGAUCUUGUACCUCAUCAGCAUAUUCUGCUGCGGCCUCUUCCAUCUAGGAGCUGCGCUUUCUCAGUCGUACGCCAGCCUCGCCGUCUGCCGCUUCUUUGCCGGAUUGUUCGGCGGGCCGUGUCUGGUCCUCAUUGAAGGAACCUUUGCCGAUAUUUGGUCUGCCGAAACGACAAACACAUACUACGCAUUUCUGGCUGUUGCUUCGUAUGUCGGGACUGCGGUUGGACCUGUUGUAGGGAACUUCGUCGUCCAAGCAGGCGGCUGGCGGUGGGCGGAAUAUACCACCGUAAUGCUUAUCCUAGUUGUCUUCGCAUUCGGCAUCGGCAUGCCUGAGACCUACGGACGAGAGAUUCCCCGUCGCAGAAACAAGGCUCGGGGCCUUGCACCUCCACAUCAGCCUCCAGCAGAGAGCGGCGUCACCAUUGCCCAGAUGGCUACUAUCACGGUCCUCAAUCCUGUCAAGCAACUAGCUCUCGAGCCCAUUGUUGCCAUGAUUUCCUUCACACUGGCUUUGAACUGGGGCGCAGCAUUCCAGUUCUUUAUCACCGUUCCCGUUGUGCUUCAGACGGUGUACGGGUUUACCCCACAGCGCGUCGGGCUCGCCUUCAUUGGUGCAAUUGGUGGAUCAAUUCUUGCCGCGCUUUGCACAAUCGCUAUUGAGCAGGCGAUAUUCAGAUCCUGUAACACGACGAUGGCGAUUGAGAAGCGUCUGAUACCCGCCAUGUACGGUGGACUUAUGAUCACUGGCUCGCUUUUCUGGAUUGGAUGGACUGCUGAUCCAACUAUCAACUACUUGAGCCCCAUCUUUGGAACAGCGAUCUAUAUCUGGGGCAGUAUGUCUGUGCUGCUCUCACUGGUCACAUACCUCUUCGACGCCUAUCCGCCCGCAGGUACCCUUUCUGCGCUGACGGCCGCUGCAUGUGUCCGCAUUGCGACAGCCGGUAUCAUUCCUCUCGUCAUUGUGCAGGCUUUCAUGAAUCUCGGUGGCAAUUGGGCACUGAGCAUCUUCGGUUUCAUCUCGAUCCCCUGCCUCGCGGUCCCAUUCGUCCUUUACAAAUGGGGCCCUACUCUCCGCGCUCGUAGCCCAUAUAGCAGGAGUCUCAGCAUCCACAGUCAUAUGCCUAUACCCACCGAGAUGACGACGAUGGAAGGCCGGUCGUACGAAGGAGCUCACAUGGACACUGUGCACGUCUGA